GUUACAAUCACAUUUGAAGUACCAGGAAAUGCAAAAGAAGAAAAUCUAAAUGUAUUUAUUCAGAAUCUCCUGUGGGAAAAGAAUGUGAGAAACAAGGAGGAUCACUGCAUGGAGGUCAUACGGCUGAAGGGACUCGUGUCAAUCAAAGACAAACCACAACAAGUGAUCAUCCAAGGUGUCCAUGAGCUCUAUGACCUGGAAGAGACUCCAGUGAACUGGACAGAUGAUGCUGAGAGAACAAAUCGUUUGGUCCUUAUUGGCAGGAAUUUAGAUAAGGAUAUACUUAAACAAAUAUUUAUAGCUACUGUGACAGAAACAGAAAAGAAGUGGACAGCACAUUUCAGAGAAGAUCAAGUUUGUUCAUAACACUAGAAGCAUUUCUUAUCAAAAGGAGUGAAUGAUGAAACAAGGAGAAGUUU